CGUGGCCUGGUGAAAAGAUGGCAACAAUUGGAGCAGAUCGAGAGGAACAUUUCAAGCAAGCGCGUGUUCCACGCCAACGCAAAGACUUCAACCUGGCCGGAAGCGGAAGUGUCAAACCCUACGGCAACAACAACAAUAACAACAACAACCUUUAUAAGACUGAGCAACGGCCGUCCAAAAAGGCAGCACAAAAAAUGGCAUCUACUGGCGAAAUUUGGCUGCAAUGGUUCUCAUGCUGUUUCCAGCAGCAGCGCUCUCCUUCUCGCCGACCCCAUCAGCGCCUGCGAAUCGAUCGCUCCAUGAUCGGGAAUCCUACGAAUUUCGUGCACACCGGACACAUUGGAUCUGCCGAUGUGGAACUGUCCGCCAAUCGUCUGAACGCGAUCUCAACUCAAAUGCAGAGCAAGGGCGGCUAUGAGACAAACUCGAUACAUUCGCUGCACGCCUGCUGAUGGAAAACCACCACAACCAACGGCUAUUAAAAGCAUUUUGUGCAAUUUUCUUCGAAACAACAACCGAAGGCGAAGAAGAAGAAAAAUAUAAUAACUAUAACAGAAACACAGCAAUCUUGUAUUUAAAUAAUUCUUUGUUAAACGCGAGCGUGUUAUCAGACAGCGAUGGUGACUAAUCGAAGGAGAAAAUGGAGGAACCAACUGCGUGGUUACUGACAUCAAAAAUAGGUUCCACACGCCAAGAGCAACAAGAAGUCGAAUAAGAAGCAUGUGGAAUAUGAGAACUGACAAUGGACUCCAUAAUGUACCAGCUACUAUUUACAUAAAGAUCAGACGUAUUAGCUAUAAGUCGGAACUCUAAACCGAGAACUGUGUAGACAUAAGAACUGUGUAAGCCCUUUUUGUGAGUAUUAUGUAGAUGAAAAAUCACAAAAAAUGCAAACUUUUAGUCUAAAAACAGUUCAGAGUCCGUAUAAGGUUGGUUUUUUUUUUCGGUAAUACAUAUUGUACUUAAUGCCAAAACCAGAUCAGUUAAGAUCAUUGUGCAGUUUUUUUUUCCUAUAGAGCAUGCGACAUGCAACAAAAUAUGAAUAAAUAUAAAAUCAUUUUCCAUUGUAAAACCCAGAGAACACAACUGCCUUAUUUCGAAUUGCGUAAUGCCACACUGAUCGAGAUGGUAGAUAUCUAUAUAUAUAUAUAUAUAUGUAUAUGAUGUAUAUGUAUGAUUAAUAGCUAUCUGUAGUAUAUAUCAACUGUUGUGCUCGUUGACUAAGCAAAAAGCAAUUUUACAGAGCUGAUUUAGCAUUUAUAUAAUGUUCAAACUUUACA